GGCCUCCCGCGGAAGGGGCGCGCGGCGUUGCUCCUGUCUCCAUGGCAACCCCUCUCCGCGCACCUGCUAGGCCAAGGCGCAGGCGGUUUGCGCGGCCAAAGAGGGAGGGCGGCCAUGUCGCGGCGGCGCUCCUCGGCCAGCUCAAGGCUGAGCUGGCGGCAGGACCAGGCGCUGAGCGGCACCAUGCGAGUCGUGCGGAACCUGGGGCCCACGGCUUUCGUCUGCAAGAGGGAGGAGCGGGAGGAGGAGCGCCUGCCCGCCGCAGAACACAGGGUUUCCCUGGGGAACCCGCACUCAUGCAGCUGCUUAACAUUUGUGAAAGAGAAGGACCUCUGUAAACAUAUCUGCUGGUUAUUGUUGAAAAAAUUCAAACUUCCAAGAAACCAUGAAUAUGCUUUACAGGUUGGUCUUGUGGAGAGAGAAAUCAACUAUGUGCUUCAGCAUCCACAAAUGAUUUCCCAAACCCCCAAAAAUGUGGAUUCCGUUAAGGAGGUGCAGACAGAUUCUUAUGGGUACAUUAAACAAAAAGAUAUUGAUAAUGAGGAUGUAUGCCCUAUUUGCCAAGAGCCAUUACUCAAGAAAAUGCUUCCUGUCACAUAUUGCAGAUAUGGUUGUGGCAACAGCGUACACAUAGUUUGCAUGAAGAUCUGGAGCGAUCAUCAAAAAUUGUUGGAUAAAGAUUCUUUGGUGAAGUGCCCUCUGUGCAGGGAAAAUUUUGCAUCAUUGAAACUCAUCUUGGAAGAAUUCAUAAACUGCCAGAGACAUAUGACUAUAGCUGAGAAAACGCGUCUUGAGAAACAUCUUGGAAUCCCUUGCAAUAACUGCAGAAUAUGCCCCAUUGAAGGCAACUGCUACAAGUGUAGUGUGUGUAGUGAAUACCACUUGUGUGACAGAUGUUUCAGCAGCUUUUGUCAUCCAUCACAUACUUUUGCUGUUCGAGAGAAACGGAAUCAAAUAUGGAAACCAGUUGAACCUACACUAAAACGAGCAGCAUUAGAAGAAAAUCUUCAGAGUGUUAAUUCAAAGGAGAUGUCUAAAGAGGAAAAGGGCAAGGAAAAGUUAAGUUGCACCCCAGUACAAAUAAUAAAUGCAUUGCCCACUGUGGUGGUUAGGAAACGUAGCAGUUUACUUGAUCCAGGUUUGCAAUGUAGACUCUGUUUGAAGGCCUUUUGCCUUGGUCAAGUUACAAGAUUUUUGCCAUGUAACCACAAGUUCCACAGGAAAUGCAUUGACAAUUGGUUGUUUAAAGAAAAUGCCUGCCCCAUUGAUGGACACAUUGUCUAUAAUCCAUUAGCCUGGGAUAACCUACGAACCAAAGAUAAAGUAAAUUUGUCAGCAUCGGAAGGAGCGAUUAAGCUUGCAAAGCAGUCAGAUCAUGAACUUUUCAUCCCAGGCACUGGAUUGCUUUCCAGGCCAAUGAAGCCUGGUCAUGUCCUUGAGAAGACUCAGACUAGACCUGAAGAAUGUUGUAAAGAGACAAAAAGCCAAAUAGAUUUGAAGCAGAAUUUAACAGUGAAUGGGUUCAGCUACACUCCUACAAGAAACUCUGGCCUCAACCUGAACAGCAUUCAGAAGGCCAGAAAUCUGAAGUUUUCAAGAUACAUUAAGGGUUUGGCCCUUAUUCCAAAACCUGCUGCUACACAGAACUCAGUUGCCAGUGAUUUAAGAGGUUUAUCUAUAAAUGGGAAUUUACAUUAAGAUUGUGAUGUUUUACACAUUUAUUUGAGUCAGUCCCCAAUACUCAGCUGAAGACACUUUUGAGUAAAUGUAUGGAGGAUCAAUACUAAAUAGAUUUUUUUCAUCAACAUUUAAAAGCCCAUCUGUUAGUAUCUUUAACUUAUUUUCAGCUUUUAGUUUAUCUUUUAGAAAAUUAUGUCAGGCUACAUGAUGCUUGUCUGAAAUAUAAAUUUAAAUUGCCAUAAUAAAGUUAUUAGAAAAAUGGACCUUGCAGAUGUGUGUUUGCCCAUAUCCUGCUUCUGCGGUGCAUAGCCUAAACUAAAUAGGAAAUCAUGUACUCAGGUGGCUGCUGUUGUUUCCCAAUUUGAUUCAACAGAUAGAGGUGCCGGUGUUUAAUCUUUUUUUAAAUUCUGAAAUCUCACAUAGAAGUGGCUCGUGAAUGGGAACUAGAUCUGGGUGUAUCCCCCGUAUUCAUUCUUUUAAAAAGGUUCUCCCAUGUGCUAUUUAUCACCACAGCUAUUAUUUCAGGACUAUUCUCUUGUACUAAGCAAUAAUGAGAAAAUAUGUGUUGUGGAUACAUUCACUAAUUAAUAUAGAGAAUAACUGGAAUUUUUUAAGCAGAGGUGUGGAGCUUCUUAUAAAUAAUUUGAAAUCGUAUAAUGAAAAAUAAUAUUUUUAAUUCCCUUAUCUUGUGGCAAAUGGGAUUCUGGUGCAAACUUGUAGGGAUUCUGUAAGUAGAGGAGAUGUUAGGGAACGUUCUUGGGAAAGGAAGUCAAACUUGUCAUAUU